GUGAAAAAUCUCGAUGGGGCAAGUUCGUUUGGCUCCACUGAAAGCUGCACUUGACUUUAGUCGCACUUGACUCCACUGGAGCAAACAUGUCUCGUUUCGUCCGCCGGAUUGUCGCUGUUGCCUCUCAACACGCCACAGCCAGAGCUGCAGAGUUACCGAGGAGGAUCCCCGGCAUAAUCCGUCCCGUGUCCACAUCUCAAGGCCUGCAGUCCCUCACACGUUACAGUGAGACUACAGACUGGCAUAAAAAACUGACCCCAGAGCAGUAUGUAGUCACUAGAGAGAAAGGAACUGAGGAGCCCUUUAGUGGGAUCUACCUGAAUCAUUUUGAAAUGGGGAUGUAUCACUGUGUCUGCUGUGAUGCUCCACUCUUCAGCUCCGAGGCUAAGUACAACUCCGGGACAGGCUGGCCAGCAUUCAAUGAGGCUCACGGGACAUGGGAGGGUGAUGAAAGCCACACCUCCAUCAUUCGGCGCCCUGACAACAGCCUGGGCAGCCCUGGGACAGAAGUCCUUUGUAAAAAUUGCGAUGCCCACCUUGGCCACGUGUUUGAUGAUGGACCAGACCCAACAGGACAGCGCUUCUGCAUCAACAGUGUUGCCCUCACAUUUAAAACCAGAGAAAACGACAAACCUGAUGAGGAUGAGUGUAACUGAUGGACUUAAUCAAAACAUUAAAAAAACAGGACCAGUUUAAAGAACUUCCCUUUUGUUUUUUGUGGGUUUUUUUUUUUAAAGUGAAAAGCUAUGUGAUGUGCAGUGGGAUGAAUUGUGGGUUAAAGUGGAAGUGAAUUGAAACCAGUUUUAUAUUGCAUAUAUUAAUGGAUAUAUGGACUGGAGAGAUGUCUACACAGGACAGGACUACAGGACUCACAGUAAAUAAUUUUUCUGCUCCAAUAAUCUUUUUUGUGUUCUCUCCUGGUCACUGGUGUUUUUACUGUUUACUAAUGUUUGUUAAGUAUUUUGCCUUAACUGUCAUCUGAAUGAAGGUCUUCUCAUAUGAGCCACUUGGAAAAUAUGUGUAGGAUAUGGGAACCCAUUAAUGCCACAUUUAAAAAAAAAGUGUUUUUAACAGCAUUGUAAUGUUUAGCAUAUUUUCAUAUCUGGAAAAAAACAGUCAAAAAUGUGGGUUGAUGUUUGUGUUGUUCUGCAGGAUUGCAAAAACA